GGCUGACAGGACAGUCAGGCGGCUCCUCCAUCGUGUUUGCAGCGGCAGGUGGUCACCGCGCGUCCAGCUCUAACUGCAGUUUGUGAAUGGGAUUAUGACCGCAGCGCCUUCAGGGUGAAAUGGACGGAGGAGAAUAACUUCUGUGAACUCGAGCUCCUUUUUUCUAUCUUUGACGCGGAAAGAGAAGAUUGAUACAUCGGCUGAGAAGUGGUUUUUUUUCCACGCGUUGCACGUCUCCGCGUGCUCAAUGCUCUCUGUGUAGAGUCUUUUGAUACUUUUUUUUUUUUUUUUUUUUAAAAACUGAAUGUUGCUGAAUUUUAAAUAAUGGCACUCGCUAGAUUCAGCCAAAUAUUUCGUCUGCCCACUAUUGAGAUCAAGAAGAAACUCAAGCAGUAUGAGCACGUUCAUCGGGACAUCAACCCCAACGACUUGUGGGAAAUAAUCGGUGAGCUGGGCGACGGUGCGUUUGGAAAAGUCUACAAGGCCAGAAACAAGGAGACGGGAGUUUUGGCUGCAGCCAAAGUGAUCGAGACAAAAUGCGAGGAGGAGCUGGAGGACUACAUGGUUGAGAUUGACAUCCUGGCUAAAUGUGACCACCGCUACAUUGUCAAACUGCUUGAUGCAUUUUACCAUGACAACAAACUGUGGAUCAUGAUCGAGUUCUGCCCCGGGGGUGCUGUGGAUGCCACAAUGCUUGAGUUGGAUCGUGGGCUAACGGAGCCGCAGAUUAAGGUGGUCUGUCGCCAGAUGCUGGAAGCUCUGGAUUACCUCCACAGCAUGAAGAUCAUCCACAGAGACCUGAAGGCCGGUAACAUCCUCCUCAUGCUGGAUGGGGACAUCAAACUAGCUGAUUUUGGCGUAUCUGCAAAAAACAACAAAACCUUACAAAGAAGAGACUCUUUCAUUGGAACACCAUACUGGAUGGCCCCAGAGGUGGUGAUGUGUGAGACGAUGAAGGACGCUCCAUACGACUACAAGGCGGAUGUCUGGUCUCUGGGAAUCACUCUGAUCGAGCUUGCCCAGAUUGAGCCCCCGCACCAUGAGCUCAACCCUAUGAGAGUGCUGUUGAAGAUCGCCAAGUCGGAGCCCCCCACACUGGAACAGCCACAUAAAUGGUCAAAAGAGUUUAAAGAUUUCCUGAAGAAAGCUUUGGACAAAAACCCAGAGACUCGUCCAACUGCAGCACAACUCGCUGAGCACCCUUUUGUGAGAUCGGUGACGUCCAACCGCCCGCUGCGGGAGCUGGUAGCCGAGGCCAAAGCUGAGGUCAUGGAGGAAAUAGAGGACAAUAGAGAGGAAGGAGAGGAGGACGACGCCAUGGAACUUACUGUGUCUCCAGGAAAGGAGCCAUGCCAGACCAGUCAGACCAGUUUGGAAGGAGACCAGUCUACGGACACCCCGAGCCCCACCACGCCUUCCCCAACAACACCUAUACCUCUCCCCAGGAAGGGGACCCAGCCAGAUACACAGACAGAGGAGCAGCCAGGUGCCGUCAUGGUGGUCCCUGUUCCCCUACCACGGCAGAACCUCCCGCCGAAAGAGCCAGAGGAGCUGGGUGACAAACUGGCAGAUGAAGUCACUCUGGAGUCAGAGAAAUCUGAGAGCGAGGCCUCAACCAAGACCUCCAGCUCAGACUCGGGCAUUGAGGACGGGAAGAGUACCCCCACAUUGGAGGAAAAGGUUGCUGUGGAGACCCCAGAGACUGAACAGCCACCAUCUCUCCAGCCCGAGGCAUCUGAAGAACAUGUCGACAUCAUCAUAGACGCAACAGAACCUGAAGUGCCCAAGGUCGUGGUGACGGAGGAAGAGGAGAGCAACACUGCGGCAAAUGGGAGCUUACCAACUCCGAGCCAAAGUCCCAGUGCCUCUCCGACACCCACUCCUGCUCCCUCUGUCGCUCCUACCCCAGUGCCUGCACCCCGCUCGGAGGUGAAUGGUAGCUUAACCAAGGAUACCCCAGAGCGGACAUCGACAGGAGGAAACUCAGAGGCUCCCUCACCUUAUAUCAAUGGCGGGAUUAUCAACAAACGGUCCUCUUACGCGGGCAGCAUGGCAUCAGAGAGCAUGGACAUGUCUGUCAACAAGGAGGUCAUCAUGAUGUCUGCAAGGCCCUUCUCCAGCAAGACUCUGAAGCGGACCAGGAAGUUUGUUAUUGACGGCGUGGAGGUCAGCGUGACCACCUCCAAGAUCAUCAGGGAUGAUGAGAAGAAAGAUGAGGAGAUGCGAUUCCUGAGACGUCAGGAGCUGCGCGAGCUCCGUUUGCUGCAGAAGGAAGAGCAACGUGCUCAAGCUGGUCUAAACGCCAAACUGGAAACACAGAGAGAACAAAUGCAGAGACGUUUUGACCAGGAGAUGAAUGCCAAGAAGAAGCACUAUGACACGGAGCUGGAGACCCUGGAGAAGCACCAGAAGCAAACGAUUGAGAAGAUGGAAGGAGACCACCAUGUUAAACUCAAAGAAGAAACUAAACGCAUCAAAGCAGAGCAGGAACGGGACCACCACAGGUUUCAGGAUCAGUUAAAACACAAGAAAAAGGAGGUAAAACAAUCUGUUGAUAAGCUGCCCAGAAGUCAGCGUAAAGACUCCUUGAAGCAGAUGAUGAAUUCCUUCCAGGAAUUUAAGAUAAGAGAGGAGGACAAAUUUUUGGCAGCUCAAAAGAACCACCUGGACACAACGCUAAAGAGAAUCAUCGCCAGCAACAAGAGAGAGAUUGCAGAGAUGGAGAGGGAAUGCCUCAACAAGAAACACCAGCUAAUCAGAGAGCGUGAAGCGACGAUAUGGGACAUGGAGGAGAAGAAUCUUUACGAGAGGCACCAGCUAUUGAAGCAGCAGCUGAAAGACCAGUACUUCCUUCAGAGGCAUCAGCUUCUCAAAAAACAUGAGAAGGAGCAGGAACAGAUGCAGUGCUACAAUCAGCGAAUGAUUGAGAUUCUGAAAGCUCGGCAGCAGCAGGAAAAGAACCGGCUGCCUAAGAUCCAGCGCAGUGAAGCCAAGACCCGCAUGGCCAUGUUCAAGAAGAGCCUCCGCAUCAACUCAACGGGCAGCUCCUCAGAGGACAGAGAGAAGAUCAAACAGUUUUCUCAGCAGGAGGAGAAGAGGCAGAAGGCAGAGAGGCUGCAUCAGCAGCAGAAACACGAGAACCAGAUGAGGGAGAUGAUUGGCCAGUGUGAGGGCAAUGUCAGAGAGCUGCAGCAGCUACAGAAUGAAAAAUGUCACCUGUUGGUUGAGAAUGAGACUCAAAGGCUCAAACAUUUGGACGAACAACACAACCAGCUGCUGAAGGAGUGGAGGGACCUGCUGAAACCGAGGAAGAAGGCCCUUGAAGAGGAGCUAAACAUGAAGAAAAGGGAGCAGGAGGUUUUCUUCAGGAUGAGUGAGAGCUCGGAUUGCCCAAACCCAAGUUCUCCCAACAAACUCUCCAAGUUUGUGCCUUACCAAGACUCUUCCACCACAUAAAAAACAGCCACUGUGACACAUUGCCUGAUAUCUCCUGGCCACUGUUAGCACCAACACAUACUCAACCUGUACACCCAUGUAUGCUAAAACAGCCUGCGGCAUCAGUUUUAAAUAGCUUUGCUGGUAAUGGCAUCAUACCUAUCCCUCCAUCAGGUUCCUUAAAUGUUUCAUUGAAUAUUUAUGUUUUAUCUAAUGUUCUACUUUUUUUUUUUUUUUGGAUAAAGUGUUGUAUUAUUUGCAUUUAAAACUCAUUGUGCGCCUCACAUGACUCGAUUCCAUAGCAUCUGCUCCCAUACAGUGUUUUAUUUCCUUUUUCAAGUCUGCCUCUUAUGGCUCACCAUUAAAACAAUUUAGUGGACAAUACAGUGGCCCUGACAUACCAAACUAAUAAGCAGUAAAUAUUGUAGAAAAAAUAGGAAGAAAGAGGAAGUUUGUUUGUUUUUUGGGGGUGUUUUUUUUAAGUAGGAAGAAUGUUGAGUGAGUCAGUACAUAAGCACUUUUUGUUUAAUUAUCAGUGCUGUCUUCCAAAUACCGUGGCCAAAAACAACCAAAAUUUAAUAAUUUAUUGAACUCUUCUGAUAGUUUCCAUUUCUGUAUGCCUUUGCUGAUUGACCUGUUUAGUCCAAGUUGCAUGCAUGUCUUAAAGCAGCUUACUGCUUCUAUUUAUUUUUACUGACAAAGAACACAAUCCAGAUUUACAACUGUGUAUGCUAAUUUAAAUAUCUCUUUUUUACAAGCCAGGUAUGAAGGAUGUGCUUAUUAUUUUGCAUCUCGUUUGAAAUGCAGGAUGAGGCUAAAUACAGAUCGUAGUUUAACAGUUUCUUGUACAUGAUUUCUUAGAAAUGAGAUUUUAACAGUCGAGGGAAGACUCAUUGUUAUUUACAUAGCUUGCUAUGACAUUUUUUUUCUCUGUUGUAUUUUUACUGUAAAUUCAGUCACACUGGAUGGGAAAUGACGAAGCCAAAGCAAGAUACUGUUGUUCUUUGACAGAUGUUAGAUAGGGGAUUCAAAAUUGAAUUUAAAAAAAGUGUAUAAUUGUUAUACGGUGUGCAGUAAAGGCACUGCCUGCUAACCAAAGUGCAAUAUUACAUGUAUGUCUUUGCUAAGCUUAAAGAGGUUUAUUUUUUGUAAUCUUUGCGUUCCUUUGCACUGAGAGCAGGGAUAAUGUGAAGAGUUUAACUCCAGAAAUGGAUGGAUUUUUGAAAAAAAUGGCAUUGCUUAAAAGUUAUUCCAUCUUCAUAAUUUUGAGUACUAGGAAAGACACUUUAAUUUUUUAAAUGCUGAUUGGAUUUUGGAACAUAACUCUUCAUAUACUUUUUAAAGGGAGUGCGACAAUUCAGCCUGUAAUAUGUGUCUAGAUGUUAAACCUUAAACCAAAAACUGAGGUUUGCAGCUGAGGAACUUGCCUUUUUGAUUGAGCUUCUUUUAGAGCAAGUUUGGCCUGCAGACUUACACUAAACUAGGUCAGCAAUCAGGUACAACUUAAUCUCUCCCUCUCAAACACUCAAAAGUAUUUAAAUUUGUUGGAAAAUCAUUUUGUCUGUCAUGUUAAAUGGCUCCAUAUAUGCCUCUCUGCCUCAGUUUACAUGACAUUGUCUCUAUGGAGGGGUUGUAGGUGUGAAUUAAACUGUAUCAAAAGGAACCACUGUUGUACAUAACUCUUAAUAAAGGCAGAUUUUCUAAUUA